AUGGAUUUAUAAAAUUAGAGAAGAAAGAGCAAAUUUUCAUUUUCUCGAGCUCCUGUUUGUGAUAACCCAUAGUCAAAUACUUUGCAAUAAUUAAAGAAUAAGUUCAAAGGUAAGAGUUUGGUGUAGAAUAGAAUAGGUUAGAUGUUACAAUUGAUAAGUAAGAACGACAAUGGAAAUAAUAAAGAAUAGGAAAUAUAAUAAUUUUUAAGUCGAAUAAGUGUUGAAUUAGACGGGGAUGAUUAUAAAUAUAUAAAAUUUGAGCUGAGUGAAUUUUAAGAGAAGUAUGUGGAAGGGGAAGUAUUGGGAGAGGGAUGUAUAGGAUUAGUAAAGAGCAUAACAAGAAAGAAUGAUGGAUAAGAAUUUGCAUGUAAGACAGUUAAAACGGAUGCAGAGGAAAUAGUGAAGAAUGUAGAUAAUAAUCAUAUAUGAGUUAGAUGAUAUUGGAAUUCAAGAAUCUAAAAAAGUUGAGUCAUCCUCACAUUGUAAAAAUGGAGGAAUUAUAUAUUUAAUGGAACGAGGGAUUUCAAUCAACUGGGACUGUUUAUGUAGUAAUGGAGAAGGUUAAAGGAAGUGAGAUGUUUGAGGUGAUUUAAAAAUAGAAGAAUUACAGUGGUAUUUGAAUAAAUAAGAAUAGAGUGCAUUGCCAGAAUCUUAUUUAAAUAAGUAUUGGAAGCAAUUGAUUACAUGCAUGAAAACUAUUGUUGUCACAGAGACUUGAAACCUAAUAAUAUUUUAUGUGCAGAAGAUGGUAGAUCUAUCAAGAUUACAGAUUUUAAUGUAAAUUAUACUCCCAAACUAAUCAAGGUUUCUAAGUUUACGGAUGGAUACAAAGAAUUUGGGAAUCUGAAUGAACAUGGAAAAAUAGAGAUGUGGACAUAUACAGGGACGGUGGCCUUUUCAGCCCCGGAGAUAUUCUCAGGAGGUUUGUACAAGUAACAACAUUCAUUUACUUAGUGAAUAAGUGGAUUUAUGGAGUGCAGGAGUGAUCUUAUAUGUAAUGUUAAGUGGAGAAUUACCAUUUAAUUCUGAUUAUUUAAAUGAUUUGAUUGACAAGAUUUAAUAAUGCAAAUACGAGAUGGUGGGUCCCAUUUGGGAUCAGAUAUCUUAUUAAGCUAAAGAUUUGAUAAGCAACUUAUUACAAUUUGAUCCUUAAAGAAGACUAACUCCAUAAUAGGCUUUGGAUCACCCUUGGGUCAAGAAUGUACAGAACUAGUCAGAUUUGCCGAGGGAUAGAUUGAAAAAGAAUAUGGCUCGAUUUUUGAAUUGGAAACCUCAAGAAACAUAGGUGAGCGAGAAGAAAAUUAAAUAACUUUGCUUCCUUUUUGGAGCAGGGGAAAUUUGGAAAAGACAUUCCGUUAAACAUUCAUCAGUCUCCACUCUUUCAGAAGAAUUUAAGAAGUUCAAAUCAAUUGAUAUAAGUUCAUUCAAAACAAGUGAACAUAUACAAGUAGUUAAGGAUUAAAAUUCAAAUCAUGUGUAUCAUAUUGAUUAUCCCUUUAGUGAUGAUGAAUCUGAUUGA